AUGAACGAGGUAAAAGAAUGUCUGAGAAACAUAGAACAGACUUACAAGAUCUUCCAGCAACAGCAGUUUACAUUUAUUGCAGCACUGGACCACACCCGAGAGGAUGCACAUGACAAGAUCAGGCCUAUAGCAAGUAUUGGACAGGUGCAGGCAUACAUGGAUCAUCACUGUAACAACACUACCGACAGACGCAUCCUCCUCAUGUUCUUGAGCAUCUGUAGUGAACUGAACAAACUCUGCCAAAAGCUAGAAGCCCUGCAUCCUGGUACCAGUGUAACGAACAAUAUUUUGGAGAAAUGCAAGCUGCUCGUUAGCCCCAGCAACGACCUGAGCACCAUUCGAGCCAAGUACCCUCAUGAUGUGGUGAAUCACCUGAGCUGCGAUGAAGCAAAGAACCACUACGGAGGUGUGGUGAGCCUCAUACCCAUAGUGCUGGACUGCAUGAAAGCAUGGGUGGCCCACAGUGAGAAGCUGCCUCGGAACUUCCUGCAUAACGUGAGUGAUGGAAGUGCUGACUCUCAGAAGAGAACACAGCAGGAUGUGUCAGCAAAGGCAUCUGCUCCCCUAGGCCCACGUCCUGCUAUCCUCACUACUGCUACUCAGACCUUGGUUAGUUACAAAGACUAUUCACGAGAGCAGAACCGUAAGCAUGGUAAAAAAGAGCACCUGAAUGGCACAGGGAGAAACACUUGGAAAUAUCUCAAUGGUCCCUGGAAACCACCUGGGAAACACUCUUUUUAG